AUGAAUUGUGAUUGUUUUCACGAUGGAAGGCUUAUAUUAGGAGGGCAAAUGACAAUUGAAUGCAAAGCUAGCGUAAACGCUUCAAUUAAAACAGCAGGACUAUCAGAGGAUGAACGGAUGCAACUAUCCGUUCAUGAAGCCGGGCACGCAUGGCUCGCAUUUCGUGGUGGUUUACGAGUUGUUAAGAUAACGCUUAUCCCCAAUGGGGAAUUGUUGGGACGAACUAUUAUUGAACAUGGCGAAAAACAUAUAUGGAGUUUGAAAGAGAAGAACAAUUUGCAAAUAGCGUUCUGGGGGGCAAGACAAGCUGAAGUGGCUUUACGUGACAAUGGGAUGACGAGCUUAUUUGGAGCCGAUAAAUUGGCGAUUGAGAAACUUGCCGCAUCUAAUGUUCGAGAAUUCGGCUUACUUGAGGACCAAUCUCUAGCUACAAUAAAACCUGAGUCAAAUGAGUUUACGGCACUACAAGAGAGAGCAAUUUACAAUAACAUGCGAUUCUGCGAGUUGGAGGCCAAAAAGUUGGUGGAAGAGGACAAGGAAGCUAUAAAUGCGCUUGCUUCUAUACUAUAUGAGUGCAAUGAACUGAGCGAUGAAAAGGAUAUUAGACGGUAUUUUUAA